AUGGACCUUUUUCCUGAUGAGAUAGUCAGCAUUAUUAUCAACAAUGCCUCAGCGCAUGAACUUGCCCAACUAUCCCGAACCUCUAAACGACUCAAUAGGCUGACGGAGCCACUUCUAUGGACCAACAUCGAGUUUCACCACCAGAGCUUUCACCUAUUAUCAGACUCCAGGCAUCCCUCACCCAAAACACCUGCAGUACAACGAUUCUACUGUGGAGAACCCGACUCCGAAUACUCAGGAGCGUGCAAAGCGGAGGGUUUCUUCAACAUGUUACAAGAUUUGCUACAUGAGAAUGUCGACCGCUUAAAACAGCUUUGUGCGCGAGUUGAAUCUAUCUGCACAGCUCUCAGUCUGGACAUGAAUUGUUGGCAAUUCCUCCCAUAUUUUAUCAACAUCACGAGUCUGGAACUAUAUGGCGACCCAUGGGAUCGAUACCGAGGAGGGCAUAGACCCUUCGAUAUACCGGCUACUUUACUUACAAAGCUGCAUUACGUCAGGCUAGAUGGCGAGAUACCACGACAUAUUGUAGCGUGGAUUUUGUCCUCUUGCGCGAGCGUUGAGCGGCUGGAGCUUGCAUUACUUGACACAGGAAUAACAACAGAGGAAACAAUCGAGGACGAUUUCCCUCGGUUCCCUGAAGACAUAUUUACUCCACCGGAAUACCCUGAGUAUGGGAGACUCAGCGGAUGGGCUGCUAUCCCCCGGCCUUUGUCUAAUUUUCUGCCUUGUCCCGAAGAUUGGAUGUCACUGAAGCUCCCGCGACUACGACACUUGCAUCUUUGUCAACCAUCACAAAGUAAUCUUUCUCAGAGAAUGGUUAGCUAUUUCUGGUCAACCACUGCAGAGGUAGCUGCCCAUAGGGAUUGGGAGAAGAUUCUUCAAGCAUCAUGUGCAACGCUCGAAACACUGGUAGUAGAGCAACGAAUUGGGAUGGAACAUGGUGACGGAGCCUGCGGUGAGGCAGAUUAUUUCUUCCGAAAAGACCAAGACGGUUUGGGCAGCGAACUGUUGACGAACAUGCUGAAAAGGGUUAUGACAGAGAGACAAUCCCCUGCUUUGAAGCGAUUUUACCUGAGGGGAAUUAUUGUUGGAUCAAAGACGCGCGGUGAACCAAUCGGAGAUGUCCCCGGAGGUCGCUUCAUGAGGUUUCUUGAGAGAAAGGGGAUUGAAUGUGAGGCUAGAUUUGGGGAAGGGCUCUGGUUUCACGGUAAGGAGGGUUUAGGGCCUUCCCCAGAUUGGUAUUCUCGUGAUGAUGAGGAGAUAGACGAAGAGCUUUUAGCUAGUGUCUAG